UGCCGGCAAGGAACAACCGAUCGGACAUUAGUCAGCGGCGUACAUACGGAUGACAAAUCUGUCGCGAUCUGUCUGCGGUGCUACCGGGAUCAUCGUUAUCGUAACGUUCUACAUCGGACGCAACUCGUUUUAUUGCCAGGCGCAGUAAUCAUGAUCCUGCUAGAGAUACACAACAGAAUACUCGAAGAAACGUUAGCGAAUAAAGUCAAGAAUGCCUUGUCGGGACACAAACAGGAGUCGACUGAUGUCAUUAUAGCGGAUUUUGAUGGGGUGCUAUUUCACAUUUCAAACCUCAGCGGAGACAAGUCAAAGCUUAGAAUAAGUAUUCUGCUCAAAUUUUACAAACAGUUGCAAGAACAUGGUGCGGACGAGCUGCUCAAACGAGAAUAUGGGUCUCAUCUCAUUGCAUCAGAAAGUGGAUAUAAUGUAUCGGUGCUGAUAGACUUGGAGAAAUUACCAGAUGAUUGGGAGUCGUUAGUGAGGAAGGUUGCUCUCUUGAAGAGGCACUGUUUCGCCAGUGUCUUUGAGAAGUACUUCGACUUUCAGGAGGAGUACUGUGAUUCUCCAGGCAGGCCAGUUGCAAAGAGGGCUGUCAUCCAGUAUCGAGAUGAGGAAACAAUGUAUGUGGAGGCUAAGAGCGACAGAGUCACAGUAGUGUUCAGUACGAUAUUCAAGGAUGAGGACGACAUGGUUAUCGGCAAGUUGUUUCUUCAAGAGCUGAAAGAGGGCAGGCGGGCGAGCCACACUGCUCCGCAGGUUUUGUUCAAUCAUCGUGAACCGCCGAUGGAGCUGCAGGAUUCUGAGGCAGCAGUUGGAGAUUGCAUUGGUUACAUCACGUUUGUGUUAUUCCCACGUCACACUAAUCGAGAGGCUCGCGACAACACUAUCGAUUUGAUACACAUGUUUAGGAACUACUUACACUAUCAUAUUAAGUGCAGUAAGGUUUACAUUCACUCAAGAAUGCGUACCAAAACGACGGACUUCCUCAAGGUGCUGAAUCGAGCAAGAUCUCAGACCAAGAACACUGAGAAGAAGACCAUCACAGGACGAACGUUCAUCAGGAAAGAAUGAAUGUACAGGAGAGCGAGUGCUAACACUUCCUAAAGAAAGAGAGCGAAUUGUUAUAUGGUUAAUGCGGUCGGCAGCGUCGACCGUCUCCCGUGAACGAGAUUUCCUGUGAAGGCAUUCCACGACUCGCGCGUAAUUCGACGAGUUAAGUGCUUCGGACCUUUGAGUUUUAAAACCCGUUUCCUCGAACAGUGUCCUGUAUACCUUAGGAAAGACAGAGCGUUAAGUGAGAGAAAAAAAGGGGAAUCGGUUUUCGCGUCGGGUCGCUCCGACGUGACGAUACCUCGAUUGUUCAGGAAAACGCCAGGAAUUUACGCCUGCACGCCGACGGUCGACUGUCAUCGCUAUUACGAAUAUGAGAAACGUCUUGUUGAUUUUCACGGCGAUCUAGGAUUCAAAUACAGUACUAGGAUCUAAAUACAGCUAAAUAAGACUGCAAGAAGUUUGUAUUCGAUUACGUAUUGCGCUGUUUGUUACCUCGAGCAAUUUAUUGUAUGUUACGACAUUUUGAACUACAUCUGAAGCUUCGAACACGUGUACAUCGAACACAGAUUAGUAUUAUGAUGACGUUCUUUGAACGGAAUCACGGAGAUGUCAUUAAAGGAACGUGAGAAUACGUUCGAACGUUCAGUCCGUUUGAAAUCUGUGAUUUCAGCAAAAUUUUCGGAGCAACAUUAUUACGGAGCUGAAACGCGAAAUAAGGGAAGGACAAUUUUCAUUUUAUUUUCCGCAUUGCAUUUCGAUAGAUAGAUCGUCGGGCGAACAAAUAUUGUUAAAUAGUGCGAUUGUUUCCUCUUUCGAUAUUUUUAUCGUCUACUUAAUGACUAUACAUUCAAUUAUUGUGAAAUAAAACGAUAUUAACAAUCUA